CGACAAAUCACCAGGGAAACAAUUAGUUACUAUUUUGGAUGAAGUAGAUAUUCCGGAAAAGUUUUCAGAAGAACAAUUAGAUAUUUUUAUGGGCGAAGGAAAUGAAGGGAAUGAAGUAGAUGAUAGAGAUGAAGAAGAAGUAAAUGUCCAGGAUAAAUCGUCAGAGGAACAAUUAGACAUCGAUAUGGAUGAUGUAGAAGUAGUCAAAUCUUCAGAUGAACAAGAACAAGUUACCGAAGAAAAAGAAUUAAGUCAAAAUAAGAGAAGGUCAUCACGUCGUAAGAGUAAAAAUGAACGUGAGAUUGUAAAUGAUAAAGAUAAAAUUCCGGCUAGAUCAUCAAAGAUGCAUAUAGAUACUGAAAAAGAUAUGGAGGAUAAAUCAUCGGAAGAACAGAUCGUUGAGACCACCGAGGACACUGAAAAAGUAAUAGAAAUAAGUAAAGGCAAGAAGAAGCCCACGCGUCGUCACAAGAAUAUUGUUAGACGUGGUGUUGUAAAAAAUAAAGGCAAGGCCUCGGCUAAGUCGCCAGAACAAAUAAACACUGUCAUGAAUGAGGUUGUUCCAGAUAAGUCGUUUGAAGAACAAGAAAAGGUCACUGAGAUUAAUGAAGAAGCAAGUGAAAAAAAUCAAAACAAGAGGAGGUCCACGCGUCGAAAGAACAUUGUUAAACGUGAUAUUGUAAAAAACAAGGACAAAAUCUCGGCUAAAUCACCAGAACAAAUAGACACUGUUAUGGAUGAUGUUAUUCCAGAUAAGUCGUCAGAUGAAAAAGAGGAAGAAGAGGAACAGAACGCUGGGACCGCUGAAGAAGCAAAUGAAAUAAAUCAAAGCAGAAAGAGACGCACGCGUCGAAGGAAUGAAGUUGGCCGUGAGAUUGUAAAGAAUAAAGGCAAGACCUCAGCUAAAUCAUCAAAACAAAUAGACAUUACCAUGGAUAAGGUUGUUCCAGACAAAUCGUCAGAUGAUGUAACAGGAAUAAGUCAAAACAAAAAGAGGCCUACACGUCAUAAGAAAACUGUAAAAAAUAAAGGAAAACCCACGGUUAAAUCUCCGGAAAUAUCAGAUACUGUUAUGGAUGAAGAUAUCCCCGAAGAUGCAUCUGUUAUAUUGCCAGAAGACCAGAAUGUUGCCGAAGAAUCUAUAAAUCAACCUUCUGAGGAAACCAUGGAUUUAGAAGAAGCGUUCGAAGAACAGACCGCCAUAAAUCAAAGCAGGAAGAAGUCCUCCCGCCUUAAGAUUAAGUGUCAUAAAAUUGGAAGUAGUACUAUUCAAGACAAAGAUGGAAAUAUAGUCAAGAAGACAAGUGCGGCCAAAUUAAAUGAACUUGAUAUUAUUGGUGAUGCUAUAAAUGACACUAUUAUAGAAUUUUUGAACGAUAAUAAUUCAUUUAAGAAAGAAAUUCAAUAUUUCAAGAACGAGAUAGAAUUACAUUUACUUGAGCAGUCUGAUCUCUUUGAUGAACAAAUAAUGAUGCGAUCAUCGUUAAGAAAAUCUAAAACACAAAUGAAUUGUUUGCGAAAAGAAAUGUUGGAUGUGCAGCGUGAACGUGAUAAAGUGCGUAAGGAAUUGGCUAAUGAAAGAAGAAUAUUCGUAAAUGAAGAACAAGAAAGAAAGAAAUUAGAACAAGCACAUAACUUCCUCACGGAUCUUGAGACAUUGCGUGAGGCUGUUGAUGCUGAGGAUAAUAUGCAAGAGGAUCAAGAAGAUGAGGGAAUUUUGGACGGCUUCAAGGGUCUUUUGGUUUCCGUUACAUCCCGAAAGGGAAGAUUUGAUGCUUUAUGUCGAUUCAAUAUGUUACUUGAAAUGUGUGAAAAAAUUGUUAGACAAGCUACAGAUACUUAAAUUUAGUUUAAAUAACAAUUAAAAUUACCCGUUGUUUCUUUACAAAAUUAAAUUAAAAAUAAAAUGGAAGAAUUCGAUAAAUUAUCCUAUUUAGUUCUAAAAUAGAAUUUU